AUGGCAGAGGCGCAGAAGUUAGAUUGCCGGGACUUGAGUGCCUUUGAACGACUUUUCAUCGGGGCCAAUGUGCGCUUGUUGGCGCAUGUGACGCUUCUUGCACCAGUGGCUCCGGAAACCUUGCGGACGGCCCUUCGCUCGGCCGCACGAAACUGGCUGCCCGCUCACCUCCAGCUGGGUGAGGAUCAACACAGUCUCGUUCUUUAUGAUCAACCAGCCGUGGAACUGGCAGACCUGGUAGUACCACGGGUAGAGACGGCGUCGCAGUCUGGCUCCGCCGUGACCAGCGACCGGCUUCAACAAGAAGCUCAUACGGAUCGGCCCGUGCAACCCGUGAAGGUGCAAGUCCUGUUGACGACAGACUCCAAACUUGCAGUUGGCUUCCUACUCAACGCCAACCAUGCUUUCAUGGAUGGUCGCCUUCUCAAAGCCUAUCUCGAGGCUGUUGCCGCUCUGUGUACAGAUGGCACGCCCGUGACCAAACCCCUGCCAUCCGCCCUGGGACCGCCGUCCUUCCGGCCGUACUGGUCGUCUUUGCUACCUGACCCGCUGCAAUGCUCGCCUUUAAAGGCACCAGUUCUCAAAGCACAGGCCCUGUUUGGCACAACGCCCGACUCCCGAGGUGUCAACUUGCAUCGCUGCCUUGACCCACAAGCCAGUCAAGCCCUCCGAGCUUACCUCAAAGCCCACGUGAACGGGCCCUUUACGCUGAACGUCGGUCUGGUAGCAGGCCUCCUCCUCGGUGUUGCGGCCGAGUACGCCAGUCACCACCCAGACGCCCCCGCUUGCCCACUGGCCGUCUCAACCCUGGUGGACGUUCGACCCGACCUGCCAGCUGACGUUGACGCUGGCAGUCAACUCGCGCUCAGCUCCAUCACUACAGAGUUGAGCGUUGCGAGCCCCAAGGCUGAUGAAAAUGCUGCUUCCAGCACUCAACGCCAUGUCUUUGACACGGUCUGCGCCCAGUAUCAUGCCCGGUUACAGGAGCAGCUGGCGGCCGGCGAGGCCUACGUGCAGACCUUGGCAUUACAGGAAGGGCGUUUUGCUGAGGGUGCCCCCAGUGCCAGCUUUGAAGUGAGCAAUCUGGGUGCCACCAACCUUGCUGGAACGGCCCUCUUGGGCCAGCGCUUUGAUGCCUUUACUGGACUCAGUAUCCUGGUCCACACCGACCCCGCUGGUCUGCACUUGGCCGCUGCCGUUGGUGCUGGCGUUGAUGCUCAUGCCGUAGCGCGGGCCUUGGGCAACACUCUAGCCCUCUGGACAAGCUUGGGUUCUCCAGGCUCCGUUCCAGAGUCCUAA